CGGCUCGCCGGGCCGGGCCGCGCCGGGCCGGGCGCACUUCGCUCCUUUCUCCCCACCUCCCCGCGGCUUUGCAGGCUGAAGGCGGCUCUGUGCAGCCUCCCCGGGCGCGUCCCGUCCUACAAGGAUCACGGGUUUGCCAAAAGGAGCUGUUAGAAAAGCAGCCGAGACACGUGCGUGCAAGUGUAAUGUGAACAAUAUGAGCAGAAGAUGAAGUUUACACCUGCUUGAGAUUUGACCUCUUGAAUAGUCAACAGUAAAAUAAUGUGGAAUAAUCCAAGUCUUCGAUGUCUUUUAGUGGUGGCUUGCCUACAUCUGACCAGCUUACUUUAUAGUCAAGAGACAGGUUAUUCAGAAGCACCUCAGACUCUGAGAUGUAUAACACAUGAUUUCAAUAUAAUGACCUGUUCUUGGGAUGCCUUCUCCAGUACAAACCUUGGACAGUCUUAUGAAUUCUGUUAUGAAAACAGUGGCCUUCUAGUAUGUAAUAAAAAUAAGGAAAAAAGUGCAGAUAUUCCAAUUGUGCAUGGCUCCACCACCAUAAAGAUAACCACACUAAAUGCUUCUGGAACUCCUUUAGCUACGACAACAUUCAUACUGCCUGAGAAAAAUGUUUCAUUCAUUCCAGUCACCCCACAAAUUCUUAGUCUGACUCCUGACUUUUCGACUGAGAUGUUAUAUUUGAAGUGGAAGGACGGUGGCUCAGCCUUCCCAUUUGAUUUAGAUGCCACCUGGCAGAUUGAGGUUCUGCGUAAAGAAACAUUGGAGAGAGUGGCACAAGUGACCUACCAUUCAAAAUUGACUUCUAAAGACACUAUUAUUUCAUGGAACUGGAAAUCAGACAUGCCCCUGGAGUGUGUGUCGCACUCUGUGAGGAUCAGAUGUUAUAUAAAUAAAAUGAAUUACGGUGGUAACAAGGAAUGGAGUGAAUGGAGCCCAGUUGUAACAGUUCCUGGAGAAGUGCCUGAUUUAAGUUUUGCCAAGGUUUUUCCUCAGGACAAAGUGGUACCAGUUGGUUCCAAUAUGACAUUUUGCUGCUUACACAACGAAGAUGAAAGAAUAGAACAUAUUAAAUAUGGAUUAAAAUCGUAUCCACUUCUUCAUCUCAGCGAAUGGAGCAGUGCAAUCCAAGUACAGAACGUCAGCGCUUCAGAAUCUAGUGGGACAAAUAUAUGGUGUUCGCUGCUGCCAUAUGGCGUGGAGGGAACUGUUUUAUUUGUAGGAUAUCCCCCUGAUAUUCCACAAAAUCUGACUUGUGAAACACACACCUUGGACAAAAUAAUAUGCACCUGGAACCCAGGAAGACCCACUGAACUCUUUGCAUCACGCCAAACAAACUACAUUUUAUCUGAAAGAAUAUCCGGAAGAAAUGGUACCUGCAGAGUAACUGAAAAUACCAUGGGAAAUGUGUGCGUAUUUACAGUGCUUGCCACUCAAAAUAUCUACAAUUUCACUCUACAAGCUUUCAAUCCUGUUGGUCAAACAGAGUCAUCACUUUCAAUUGAUAUAAACCAAAGAGUUCAUCCAAAAACUCCUUCUAAAUUCACUGUCACUGGUGAAAGCCCAACAAAAGCCCAUGUGUCUUGGUAUUUACCUGGCAACUUUAUUCAGAUUAAGCUUCUGUGCCAAAUUGAAAUUAGCAAGAGUCAUUCAGAACCGGAACUGGACAAUGUCACAGUAUAUGGGACAGUAAAUUCUUGCUAUGAAGCUCAGCUGGACAUGUUACAUCCAAAUACUGCAUACACAUUCAGGGUGCGCUGUUCAGCAGCUGACCACUUCUGGAAAUGGAGUAACUGGAGUGAGAAAAAACAGUGGACAACAUGGGAGGCCCCUCCUGUGAGGGGACCAGAUAUCUGGAGAGAGAGAAGCUCUGUUGGAGGAAAUGUAGUAAAAAUCUUUUGGAAGCCACUACCUCUCCUUGAAGCAAAUGGGAUAAUACACUCCCAUGUAGUAUCAUGUUAUCUGGAUACAGCAGUACAAUCCAAGGAGAUCCCUGCAUCCUUAAACAGCACCGACAUCGAACUUGGAAAAAAUGACUGUAACAUCAGUGUUGUAGCCAAAAAUGGAGCAGGCUCAUCCCCUCCUUCUAGGAUAACUAGUGUGGAACUUCCGAGUGACAAUGUCAAGACAAAGCAGGCAAUUGCAACAGGAAGUGGAAUUUACAUUACUUGGCAGUCUGACCCCGAUGUUAACUGCGGCUAUACAGUAAAAUGGUGUCGUUCUCCUGGGUGUGAACCCUAUAGUGUGGACUGGGAAACAUUUCCUUCAAAUGCAACAGAAGCUGUGAUAACAUCUGCUCUAUUUCAGCCUGGUGUGAGAUACAAUUUUUCUCUCUAUGCCUGUAAAUCCAGUGGAUAUCAGUUAUUGCAAAACAUAACUGGAUACAUACAAGAAUUGGCUCCAAAAGUUGCACCUAAUUUUACUGUAGAAGAAACCUCUUCAGAUUCCAUAUUGGUAAAAUGGGAAAACAUUCCUGUUGAAGACUGCCAGGGAUUUUUAAAGGGAUAUUUGCUUUUCUUUGCAAAGGGAGAAAAAGAUCCUUUAAAACCAAAGUUAUUGGAACCAGGGCAUCCUGAGCUAAAAGUAAAGAAUAUUACUGACCUAACAAAAAAGUCGCUGCGAAUACUUGACCUUCAAGGCAAAACAAGUUAUCAGUUGGACUUACGAGCCUACACUGCUGGUGGAAUAGGCCCAUCCAAUGGCCUGUAUGUGGUGACAAAAGAAGACUCUGUGGGUCUAAUCAUUGCCAUCCUCAUCCCAGUGGCAGUGGCUCUUGUGUUUGGGGUGGUGACCAGCAUCCUCUGCUACCGAAAAAGAGAAUGGAUUAAAGAAACGUUCUACCCUGAUAUUCCGAAUCCUGAGAACAGCAAGGCAUUGCAGUUCCAGAAGAACAUAUGUGAGGGGAACACUGCCCUUAAAACAUUGGAAAUGAACCCUUGUACCCCCAAUAGCGUUGAAGUGCUAGAAACACGAUCUGCAGUCCCUAAGAUGGAGGACACAGAAAUUAAAUCCCCUGUUGCAGAUAGUGAGCCUCCUGAGGAUGUCUCGGACACAGAAACUGAAAACCUUGUGGUGGUGUCAUACUGCCCACCUAUCAUUGAGGAGGAGAUCUCCAACCCCUCAGUAGAUGAACCUGUGGGGUCUUCUCAGGUCAUUUAUAUUGAUGUUCAAUCAAUGUAUCAGCCUCAAGUUAAACCAGAGGAAGAACCAGAAAUAGACUUUGUGACUACAGAAGGCUAUAAGCCACAAAUGCACUUGUCUAUUAAUACUAUAAAAACAGAGAAUCACUUGCCCACAGAAGAGGACUCUGAUAAAACUGCAGGCUACAGACCUCAGGCAAACACAAAUGCCUGGAAUGUAGGCACUCCAGACUCUCCUAGAUCAAUCGAGAGCAACAAUGAAAAUACAUCUUUUGGAAGCCCGUGUUCCAUUAAUUCUCGACAAUUUUUGAUCCCCCCAAGGGAUGAUGAAGACUCUUCCAAGCCGAACAACAUUGGGUGGUCCUUCACAAAUUUUUUUCAGAACAAACCAAGUGAUUAAUAGUGGUUGCGAUCAUUUCAGCUGGACCUGCCAUCUCAAUAAGCUCUUAUUCCAAAUGUAAAAACAGCAUGAGUUCUUGGAGAUAGUCUGCAGAGGUUUUUAGUGUGCUGAAUGUUACAGUGAAAGUGUUAAUGUUGCAUUUUAAUAUAGGCUAAAAGCCAAAGUUCUAGCAACUUAAUUAUUACGCUAGUAAAAUAUUAAGGAAGUUUCAGUUGUAUCUCCUGGUUAUCUUGGCUAAAGAGCUCUACUUCAAAGUAGUGUUUCAAUGGUUGAUAUGGCCUCAUGCAGCUUGUUACCUUGGAAGGUGCUCUGUUUUUGUAGUUGGUUUCUAUUAUGCAUAUUCAAAUAACAAAAUUCAAACUUGUUUGCAGAUUGAGGGCAGUGACAGUAGUGUCCUCAGCCUAAUCAUUAGGGUGUAUAUGCUUAAAUUGUUUAUUCAACUGUUAGCACUUCCACCUAUGCUGUGUUUAUCUAACUUCUAAAAUCCCACAUACAAAAACAGCAUCACUACUGUCUUAACACUUUAAGCAAUGACUGUUCUUGUCUGUUGUCCAGUAACCAGGACACUAAUUACUGUACCUACUGUACAAGGUUCAUUCAGUAUUUGACUCAGGAGUACAAACUUGGAAAACGUGUAACACUGAUUUAAACCUCAACCAGAACUGCAUGAUGUUUAAAAUUUAGCAUUAUUUUUUAAACAGUAAAACACUAUUUUUUCCCUGACACUUCAGUUAAGGAGUUAGUGUUUCUUAACAUAUUGCACUAAUGUAUUUUGUAUAGCUGUAGCUCCAGAUCUGAUGCCUCAAAGAGGUUAAGUAUCGUCUCCUUUUCCUCUCCCCUCAAAUGCCAUUUUAGGCCAAUAGUAUAGCAUUUGGAGCUGAAGGCUUGUAAGCAGCAUAUCCAAAGGAUUAGUCUCCGUUUAACAGUCCUUGAUUGCACUAACCUACCCAUCAAUGUUAUUUCAUAGAUUACAUUUGGUAGAACUAGCUGCUAGAGCAGGUUUGCUCCACCCAUGAGUAGUAUUAGCACCAUGAGAAAGAAUUGUUCCUUGGCUUGUCUUCAGCUGUAAUAGGCCCCGCUAUCUGUGAAGAAUUUCUGUGGCUACUCUCCAGAAACAGUCUGUCCCAGCAUGCAUUCUCCACAGAUUUAAUAUGGAAAUAGAAGAUGGGAUUUUUCCAUAGGCAGUGGGGAGCCCAGAGAAGCUGAUGCCACUAAUUGUACCUCUCUAGCACUGGUCACCUAAUACAACGGUUAUAAUGGUGAGUUUAGUUUGUGUGUUUAGAGAAACAUUCUCAAGAAAGAUGAUUUUUAAUUUCUGUUUUCAUUUAAGUAUCUUAAAAAGCAGGUCUAAUUGUAACAUUUCACUGCAUAAAAAUUAGAUUGUGAUGCUGCAUGAGUAGUGACUACUUUGCAGACUUUGUUUUGUAAAAUAAAUAGUAGUGGUAAGCUGCCACAUGACAUAACAUUACAGCAAAACAGAGUCUUCUAAAGUUCCCAACCCUUUCAAGAUCUCAAUUUUAAAUAGCUGAUUUGUAGUACCUCAAAUGACUAAAUUGCAGUGGGAGCCUUGUGUAUUAAGCAUUCAGACUGUGCAGCUGAAUUUGAAACCAAGCUCACGGCUCUUAAGUGAAAGCAGAUGAGAGAGAGACUGUUAACAAGGUGGAAGUUGUGUAGGCUACAAAUGGCAUUAUCUGACCACCACCAUCUUGCAAGAAACUACCUUAAACUUGAUUAUAGUAAUGCACAGUAGAUCUCAAACUACCUCUGCAGUCCUUUAGACAGACUGAAAGGGCAGAUGGAUUUUCAAACUGACAAACAGGCAAGCAAAGAAGUAAAAGAUACCAAGAUGGGCAGCUUCAUCUGCAACUUCUGGAAAGCCCAGAUAAGAUUAAUUUUUCUGAAUGAAUUUCAGUAUUAAUGGUUCUUCCAAUGAAAGGGAAUACAUUUGAAAUUAUUAGGAGUCUUAGCAGCAUCAGAUCUGGUCGCCAGACAUCGUUGUAAGAGACCAGUUUCAUCUGCAACCUGUAGUUGACAACUUAUUCAAAACUUUAAAAUCUAUAUAAUGGUUCUGCCUUUAUGGAACAAGACUUGGUUGAUGACUGGGCUUUGCUAAAUCCAAAUACUGAAGGCUUUACUAUCCAUUCCAGAGUUCAUAAUACCUCAUUCUAGUGUAGUGCUAAUGGUUACUAAUGUAGAACCAACAUAGAAAUAUUUAGUUUCUAAGAUGAAUGGACUUCAUCAUGACCCAGUAUACUCCUAGAAGCAGGAGGCAUAAAAGAAAGAUAAGCAGAUGAUGUACUAAGAAGAGAGAGUUUGUUCAGUUUACUUCAACAUACACAUUAUUCUUUUCAAAUAAGCAACAACAAUGUCAUCUCUUGAUGGUUCUUGUGAGAAACAUGCUAUAGCAGUUACAGUGAUAUGGUGACCAAAACUAGAAUAGCUCUCAUAAUGGAGCAGCUAGUCUUGAAAAAGAACCAGAAUCUCUGGUUGGUCUCUGGUAUGUUUCCCAAGACACAAGUUCAAGCCAGAAAGUAUUUUUUCUGGGCAGUAACAUUACUUGUAUUAAAUGUUAAAAACAAAACCAGUCUGAUGCCUCAGCUAGUGUGUGCUUGUAUGUAAAUUAGUAUAGAUCAGCCCUAUAACUUUCACAACCUCUCUCUCAGAAGAUUAAAACCAUGACAGAUUCCAGGUACUGUAUGUACCUGCUUUCAGUACCUGUUAUUCCAUACGUGUGCCAUUUGUUGUUAGUAAAGCCAGUGAUAUUUCAAAUCAGCUAAUGUCUGAGUGAUGACAGUGUGCUUUAUUUUCUAAAUAUAUAGGGUAUUCUAUGUUACAUGUGUACCCAAAUAUUAUGUGGGAGUAUGUACUCUUUCAUUAAUGGCACUAAAUUGCCUCUUUAAAAUAUGACCAUUUAAUGUCAUCCAAGUUAAUUCUUUGCACCGGUGUUCUGGGGUGCUUUCUGAUCUUGGAGGUCUGUGGCCAAGAAAUAGUAAACUUGGUGAACAAGGGCUUAUCUAAACCCCUUCACAUGAUGUCAUUGUAUCUGGGGUUGAUACAGUAGAUAAAAGACAGGAGUGUAUAUAUGCAUGCACCAUCUGUAGCGUCUUAAUUAUUUCAAAGAGAGGUAGUUAGCCGUGUUAGUCUGAAUUCAGAUAUAUGUUAGGAUAGAUUUGCAUCUUAUAGACCAACUCUGACUUAGUUUAUAAAUUGCAAAUGUACUAUGCCUUCUACUGUAAUUGUUACAAGCCAGUAAGCAGUUUUUGUCAUAACAAUCUAGUCCUUGCAACCAGUGCUUUACAUUGAGCUUAUAUGCUCAUUCACUGGUCCAGGGGUGCUCUCUGAAAGCUGCUUCAAAUGGUUUAUUUAAAAAUCUUAUUUGCAAUUUGCACAGACACCAGAAUUGUAACACCCCUGAGGAAGUAUGCUGACUUAGCAAAGAUAUUAAGCAGGCCUUGUGUGGCAUAGCAAAAUAGAAUCAAAUGGCUAGUACUGUUGGGUGACUGAAGUGCUCUCCAUAUCUGCAAGUAUAUCCAGGAAUCACUGAAGCGCCUUAAAGAAAAAAUGGACCAAGGAGUCUUCCAUAUCAAAUUUACUCUGUGUAUGGUGCUUUUUAACUUCCACAAGCAUUGAUUGGAGUUGUACGGCAAAAAGCCUUGUCCUUCAAAUGAGAUUAGUUCCUUAACUGGUGCCUUCUGGUAUCCUCAUGAGCCUUCUUUGGUAAGCUAGACACUGAAGGAUUGUUUCUGUGUUUCAGGAAAAAAGUCUCCAUUACCAAAACUACUACUUUUUUAGAUCUAUGCUGUCUUGAAUUUGGAGUGGAGCAAUAAUAUAUAUAUAAGGUAAAUAAGAUAUACAGGGGGAGUAAGCAGAAAGGAUCAAUUCAAAACAUGUCACUCCUUUUUUUAAGUCCCUACCUGUUUUCAAGGUUAAAAGCUGUUCAGGAGUCUAAGAUGUUAAUUGCUUUGGUAUGUUUUUCUUUUUUUUCCUUUUUUUAAUGUCAGGCCAUUCAAUUUUGGAGCAUAUAAUUUAUAAUGUUGCUGCUGAUAUUUUUUUUUUUCUUUUGAGCCAUGCCUGGUUUGUUUGAUUUUUUUUAUUUUUUUUGUAAAAAGAAGUUCUGUAUCAUUCACUCGAUUACUGAGCAUCAGUGCCAGUGGAUUCGCUCUUACAUAUAUUCUCUGUUCAGCAGAGACACAUGGGGAAUUGGACUCCUGUUUGAAAUGGCACUUUUACAUGUUGCGGUUGUAGAUUCAGAAAGCCUGUACAUGAUAUACCUCACAAAACUAGCUAUUAUCAGAUGUAGUAAGCUAAUGUUACAGAUAGCCAGUGAAUUAUAUUCUCUGCCAUAUGCUUGCUACAUAAACAGAUUUAGGACCUAAUUCUGUGAACAGUUACUAUCAUGUAAUUAACCUGAGUAGGCUUUGCUCUAGUAAUUAGCCGAAGUAAUGGACCUAUACCUUGUAGGAACUAUUUGCAGUGUUGUCCCUUAGAUUAAAGUAAUUGGCAGAAGCAACACACACACACACACACACACACACACACACACACACACACACACACACACAUUUUUUUUAUGUUGUGUGGGAUUAGCAUUUUAGUUUUUACUGGGGAAUGGGAGAUAAAGUAGAAAUUAGGGUUGCCCUGAAGAGGUGCAUGGAAGCCUUGCUAAACAAAGUUCUCUUGCUGUAGUGAACUUCGGGCUUUUUAGUUAUGCAGGUUUAGACUGUGGGGCCCCUGCAAGGCUGUCCUGCUGAGCCAAAUUCAGCUGAAGGUAAAAUUGCUUCAAGAGGAAAAUAACUAUGCAAACAAAGAAAGUUUUGUGUGUGGAAAGGAGCAGGAGAGUCAAAGAUUGUUGUACAGAGAAAAAUAAAACAAGACCAUCACUGCUAUAUUUUUAGUCUGCCAUAUUUUUUUUUGCUGUAAAUAAAAUAUUAAAUAAAAUACCCUUAUAGAAGGGAAUGUAAUUCAAAAGCAUUUAAAAUUUGAAUAUAUGAGUAUUGCUCUGACUGGAAGAAUCAAAGGGAUAACUGUGUUCUAUUUACCAUAACUACUCAUAGCUUUCCAUGUAAAUAGUGCUCUCUGUUCCAAAGUAAAUGCUUUUUAUUAAAAUGUUAGUUCCAGCAGUUUUUAUAUUUCUAAGGUUUUUCCCCCCAAAAGUCAUAAAUUACAUAUAUAAAUGUAUACUAGUGUCCUACUACACUUUAAUUUCAUGCUGUGUUAAAAAGUCCUCUUGAAAUUCCCAUGCUUCUUGGGUGUAUGGCCUUAUAUUUGAGGCAGAACAUUCUCUAGCACUCCACACCUUUUACACUCUUCCUAGUAUGAUUAGGCUAUGGCUCUUGUAGCAUGUAAAAUAUUAGCCUGGACAAUGGAUAUUCAAAAGGAGGCUGUUGGCACUUGUUCUUAGAACUCUUUCAUUUUCUUUUUUGAAUCUUUGUCCUUUGAGAGUGGCUUGUAUGAAAACCCAAUCCAAGUAUGCUUAGACUUUGGAGAUUUUGAAGUCCAAGUCUGGGUAUAGAUUCAAAUUUUUCCUAUUCUGAAGCUUCAGACAACCUUCGUUUUUAAAGGUCCACCUACUGUUCGGAAAAUAGUAUCUCCCAUAGCAUUUUUUUUUCUGUUAUCCAUGUGUCUAAGUAUUGGUGGCAUUUGCCUGUUCUACAAGCAAGCAGUGAUAUUGGCAGCAGCUUCCUCAUGUAGCCUUACAGAUUGUCCCAAUAUUUUCCCCACAAAAAUGUCUAUUUACAUUUUCAGCAAAAGGUUGGUGAAUACCAAAAGAAAUAUUUGCAUGAUUUAAAAAAAAAAAUCUUAUUGGAACAAUUCUUUAAUGUUUUGCAGCUCAAAUGUUUCUGCAUUUUGAUAAGUUGUUCAAACCAGCAUGCAAAACAGACAAACAAAAGAGAAACUGUAAUUUGUUGUUGUUCAUGGUAAGAAAAAUGCUAAAAAAAAUAAGCCCAAAUAGUAAGAAAUACUAUUGAAAGGGAAAAGGUUUUCCUUUUAAACAAAAGGCUGUGUACCAGAGCUAAGGAAAUUAAUUUUAAGAAUGUGUUAUUUUAAUCUUGAAGUGUCUCCUUAUAUGAUAGUAAAAAGUGAACUAGGAUGUACAGUUUUACACUUCAAAAAUGCUUGUAUGGGCUUUUUAGUCACUUCUUGCCUGAAACCCCACUGGAAUGCAGGAUAAUUGUAAUUCUUAACUUCAUCUUGUUGCGCACAAAUUGGAGGGGCUGAUACAAUACUCUAAAAGACUAAGAAUAAAGUACCUUAUACUAAAAUGUUGUCUAAAAAGCAUACUGUGAACAGGUUUUUAGGUCUCUGUCUUUCUUUUAUACCCUAUUUUUUUACCACCUGAAUAUUUUGUUUAAAGGUGUUUUUAUGUUUGUAUUUUUGUGCAUUUCAUUGAAAUGUGUUCAUAAUGCUAAUGAAAAUGUUCACUCAUUUCAAAUUGUCGUAUAGACAUUAGUUCUGAGCAUUAGUGAAAAAGACAACUAAGAAAAAGAUAGCCAACUUAAUGCUGUAACAUUUAUACUACGUUUUAAUCAGCCAUUUAACACUACUGUCAUUUGCUGUGUAAUUAUAUUUUAUGCCAGCUUCCAAAUCUGUUACAGAUGUAAAAGGUUUCCUUCAUGAUUCAAACAAAAUCAUCACAAGGCACUUUAUUCAAGUUGUAACAUACCUAGUAAACAAAAUGCUAAUUCAUGAAAGCAUAUCCUCAAACAGAUUUAGUGAAUAAUAAGCAAUUUAACAAAUGCAUGCUUAAAAGUGAAAUGUGGAAUCAUGUUGGGAAACAUGACAAUGUAGCAUACUACACUUAUAAGUAACCUAAUACUAAGAUACCAACUCUUUGCAUACAUUUUUAAAGCUAGUUUGCUUGGCUGUUGUAACUCUUGAUGUAUUGCUUAUGUCUGUUUAAAAUUGCAUGUAUUUAACAAUUUUGCCAUAGUAUUGCCAUGGAAUUUAAUAAAUAUAUUUUCUUACA